AAAAACAAUCUGACAACUGCUGUUGUGUUGCAGUAAUAUUUGUUUAAUACCGAUCAAGAAAGAUGGCGGCCUCCAGAUGUGUCACGAGUUUGUUAAAAUUAUCCCCAAUCAGUUGUUCAAAUUGGCCUUGUAGACAAUUUCACAGAAUAGUAGUGGCAGCUCCUAAUAAUGUACUGUGUAAACCAAAACAAAUCAGCAAUGUUCUCCCGGCCACCAGACUUUUACACCUUAGGUUUUACAGUCAAAAAGUAGAAAAAACGGAAGAGACCACAAGCAAGCCAACUACUAGUCCAAUAUUAGGUUCAAUUCAAGGUUUGGGAAUUGCUGGAGAAGUUUUCAAGAAGCAAGAUGAAAGUCAGUCAUCAGAAGGACAAAAACAGUCUUCCUCAUCCAGUCAGCAAAACAAUAGUGAUGAAGAAGAGGAAGCUAAAAGAAAGAAGGAGGCAGAAUCUAGCUGGCGGAACAUGAAAUAUACACUUAUUUUCUUUGGUGUCACAAUGAGUGGCCUAACUGGAUACAUUGUUGGCACUUGGGGUGCUCCAGAGAAAGAUGAGGAGGGCAAUGUGAUAGAAGACCAAUUUAGCUCGAAACCUCUCGCUCUGCAGUACAUCCUCAGAUCUUGGAAUGCCAUGAUGAACUACAGUAAAAUGAUUCGGGAUCCUUCUAGGGAUAAAUUGUUACCUGAUCCUCUGAAAGAGCCAUACUAUCAACCUCCCUACACUUUAAUCCUUGAAAUGACUGGUGUCUUAGUACACCCAGAUUGGACAUAUCAAACUGGUUGGAGAUUCAAGAAGAGACCUGGAAUAGAUUUCUUCUUGGCUCAAGUAGGUCCCCCUACAUUUGAGGUAGUAAUCUACACAGCUGAACAAGCCUUUACGGCCUAUCCCAUAUUAGACGCUCUGGAUCCUAACGGUUAUAUCAUGUAUCGGCUCUUCCGUGACGCUACCCGCUACGUUGACGGUCAUCAUGUUAAGGAUCUUGAUUGCAUCAAUCGUGAUUUAUCAAAAGUGAUUGUCCUCGAUUGGAACACUCAGUCAGUUAAAUCGCAUCCCCGUAACGCGCUCAAGAUCAAAGAAUGGAAGGGUAACGAUGACGAUCGGACUCUUAUCGACCUCGCUCUUCUUUUGAAAACGAUCGCUACGUCUGAGGUGCAGGACGUGCGGGAAGUACUGGAUUUUUAUAACCAGUUCGACGAUCCCAUCGAAGCCUUCCGGGAAAAUCAAAGGAAACUUCAAGAACAACAAGAACUCGUGGAACGAAUGAACCAAGAGAAAACUCUACCGCCCACGUCUCUUGCGCGCGGGCUCUUUGGGAGGCGUUUUUGAUACGAGAAAUGUUUUCUCUAGUUUCACAUUUCGAAUAAAUUGCGGAUGUAAAGUUUGUGAAAAA